AUGAAUCUCCGCGACUGCAGCAAUUUCGAAAUAUCAGACCCAACAGACACAAGAAAACCUGCACUGGCAUAUUUUUUCACAUUCGCACGGACAAUAGCUCACGAAUAUCUUCUGCGAACAGGUCAACAUUCCCAAAACCCGCCGGACUUACUGCAAGGGCCGGGAGUGCCACAAGCACACCCAGCACAAGGUCACCCAGUACAAGGCUGGCAAGGUGAGAAACCGAUCCUUUCCGCUCGCUUCUCGAGGCGCCGCUCCAAACCCCGACUGCCGUCGACCAAGCUACAAAAUCAGAAGAAUGAAACACUAAUAUGCGAAUCCACAAACCAGGCCUCUCUGUACGCCCAGGGUAAGCGCCGUUACGACCGGAAGCAGAGCGGUUACGGUGGUCAGACCAAGCCCGUCUUCCACAAGAAGGCCAAGACCACCAAGAAGGUCGUCCUCCGCCUCGAGUGCACUGCCUGCAAGGCCAAGAAGCAGCUCGCUCUCAAGCGCUGCAAGCACUUCGAGCUUGGUGGUGACAAGAAGACCAAGGGUGCUGCUCUCGUCUUCUAA